AUGGAAAUAGGUGCUGAAGAAGCAUUUCGUCUCGAUGAUGUUGAACUUACAACCGCAAUUGAUGAAAAUGUCAGUUUUCAUUUAUCAUCUGUUUCUCCGUCAGCAAUUUCAGGCCUUACAGAAUACGAAAAUGAACAGGCAACAGAUCCGGGAAAUAACUAUUACCAAUUACAAACAAUAAUUGAGCAUGAUAAAUCACCGGUAUGGUGGAGAAAUGAAGAGAAUUCAACUUUUCUAAAUUCACCAGACUUUGGACGACCACCACUGCCAAGGUUCACCGAUGCUUUUGCAAAUGCUAGCUUCGAGAAUCCAGUAAAUUCAAAUGUGGAAUCAGAAGAGCAUCCAUGGCAGGAGGUGGAUUUGAAAAUUACUGAUGAAUGUCUGUUUUUUGAUUUAUCCAUGUGA